AUGAAAAAGCCACUGAAUACACUUCCACAAGCUCCAGUGGAUGAUAGACCCCCAGAAGUCUUAGCAGACUUAGAAUUCGGGAAAUUAACAUCCAAAGAAUAUUUAUAUGUUGCCAAACAUCCAGAAAAUGAACCUUACAUAAAAUCCAUUGAAGACGAACCUCCUUUAUUCAUCUACAUUUCCACUUACUUAUCAUACUUGAUCUUAAUCAUCAUUGGUCACAUCAGAGAUUUCUUUGGAAAAAUCUUCAAACCACAAGAAUACUCUCAUUUAGUGGAACAAAAUGGGUAUGCUCCAUGGUACGAUGGAUUCGAAAGUUUCUAUGAACGUAGAAUGAAAAAUAGAAUCGAUGAUUGUUUCGCCAGACCUAUUUAUGGAGCUCCAGGUAGAUUCAUUCACUGUUUUGAUAGAAAGAAAGUUGGUAAAUCUGAAUAUGAAUACCCUGGUACAACUUCUGAAUGUCUUAACUUAUCAUCAUAUAAUUAUCUUGGUUUUGGUCAAUCUAAAGGGGUUUGUACUACACACGCAUUAAAAUCUAUUGAUGAUUAUGGUACCUCAGGAUGCUCACCAAGAGCUGGUGCUGGUACUACCGAUUUACAUUUAGACUGUGAAGCCCUUAUCGCGGAUUUUGUGGGACAAGAAGACGCAAUUUUGAUUUCUCAAGGAUAUGGUACAAAUGGGUUUGUGUUCCCGUCAAUAGCCGAUCCAAAAACUUUAGUUAUUUCUGAUGAAUUGAAUCAUGCUUCCAUCAGAUUCGGUAUUAGGGUUUCUGGGGCCCAAGUUAAAGUAUGUAAACAUAAUGAUAUGAAAGAUUUGGAAAAAGUCAUUAGAAACGCCAUUGCUCAAGGUCAACCAAAGACUCAUCGUCCUUGGAAUAAAAUCAUCAUUGCAGUUGAAGGGUUAUAUUCCAUGGAAGGUAACUUAUGUGAUUUAAGGGAAGUGGUUAGAUUAAAGGAAAAGUAUAAAUGUUAUUUGUUCCUUGAUGAAGCCCAUUCUAUUGGAGCCAUUGGUCCUAACGGUAGGGGAGUUUGUGAUUAUUUCGGUAUUGAUCCAAAGAAAAUCGAUAUCUUAAUGGGUACCUUAACUAAAUCUUUUGGUGCUACUGGUGGUUAUAUCUCUGGAUCUAAAGAAAUCAUGAAAAGAAUUAGAUUAAGUUAUGCCACUAAUUCAUACGGUGAAUCUGUACCACCAGCCGUCUUAGCACAAAUUAUUUCUUCCAUGAAGGUGAUUAAAGGAGAUAUCAAUCCUGGUGAAGGUUUGGAAAGAUUACAAAGAAUCGCUUUCAACUCUCGUUACUUGAGAUUGGGAUUGAAAAGAUUAGGGUUUAUUGUCUAUGGAGCUGAUGAUUCUCCAGUUAUCCCAUUGUUAUUGUUCUUACCUGCUAAAAUGCCCGCUGUUUCAAGAAUGUUAUAUGAUAUGGGUAUUGCUAUUGUUAUUACUGCUUAUCCUGCCACCCCCAUUGUCAGUGGUAGGGUGAGAUUAUGUGUUAGUAGUGCUUUGACCAAAGAAGAUUUGGAUGAUACCUUAAGAAAAUUCAAUGAAAUCGGUGAUUUGGUGUUUUUGAAAUUUAGUAGUGGAAGAGCUGGAGGCUCUAAAGUGAAGGGGAAACCUCCAAGAUGGUCUAUUGAAGAUGUGUUAGCCCAUAAUGUUGAAGAUUGUAAGAAACCUAAUUUAGGAGAAAUGCCAUGA